UCCCGGUGAGUCCCCGACCCUCUCCGACUGCGGCCUCCUCCCUCGAUAAUCUCAUUCUCCAUCACUUCUUCCCUCUUUCUUCUUCUUUUCUUCCCCUCUCCCGACUCGUCUUCCCCGUCUGUUGUUUCGUCUGCACGCCUACUUUUGGCCAAUUCAUCACCAUGUCGAACAACGACACCCAGAAGCCCUUGCCCUUCGGCUACCAAUUCAUUGCCGGUGCCGUCGCCGGUGUGUCCGAGAUUCUGGUUAUGUACCCCUUGGACGUGGUCAAGACUCGAGUGUACGCUCUACCUCUCUUAUCUCUCCCCAAUUGCAACCACCCACUAACCUAUCCCACCCUCAGUCAACUCCAGAAGGGUACCGCGGUCGCCGGUGAGGAAUACUACAAUGGCAUGUUCGACUGCCUGCGCAAGAUCGUCAAGAACGAGGGCUUCUCCCGCCUGUACCGCGGUAUCUCCGCCCCCAUCCUGAUGGAAGCGCCCAAGCGCGCGACCAAGUUCGCCGCCAACGACAGCUGGGGCGCCUUCUACCGCAACCUGUUCGGCGCCGAGAAGCAAACACAGUCACUGGCGAUCCUGACCGGAGCGACGGCGGGAGCGACCGAGUCGUUCGUCGUCGUGCCCUUCGAGCUGGUCAAGAUCCGUCUGCAGGACCGCGCCUCGGCCGGUAAAUACAACGGCAUGCUGGACGUCGUGAAGAAGAUCGUCGCCGCGGAGGGACCCCUCGCUAUGUACAACGGUCUGGAAUCCACCCUGUGGCGCCACAUUCUCUGGAACUCGGGUUACUUCGGCUGUAUCUUCCAGGUGCGCGCGCAGCUCCCUGCCGCCGAGCCGGGCAACAAGAGCCAGCAGACACGCAAUGAUUUGAUCGCGGGUACGAUCGGUGGUACGGCCGGUACGAUUCUCAACACGCCCAUGGACGUCGUCAAGUCCCGUAUUCAAAACACCUCGAAGGUUCCCGGCCAAGUGCCCAAGUACAACUGGGCUUGGCCUGCCGUCGGAACUGUCAUGAAGGAGGAAGGAUUCGCUGCUUUGUAUAAGGGAUUCUUGCCCAAGGUGCUGAGAUUGGGCCCUGGUGGUGGUAUUCUUCUUGUUGUGUUUACGGGAGUCAUGGACUUCUUUAGGAAUAUGAGGGGCGAGUAAGAUCCUCCUUCUUUUUUCCGUUUUUGGAAUGAAUUCUUUCC